UGCAGACUUUCCCUUUCAGCACCAACCCGCAUCGUACCUUUUGUUAUGCAAGCGGAGACUAUUCGUUACAUUAAUAAGUUGCAAUAAACAUACAUUUUUAAACGUGCUGUACCGCCUAACGGGAGGGAAGUUCUCGUAAAACCGUCCUUGUGACUUCUCUUCGCACAGGCGUCUUCGUUGUAGGCUACACGACCAGUAAGGAAUUAACCGCCGAGAGGGACUAUCAUCUGUUUGCCACUGCCAUGCUGUCAGCAAGAAGCUAUUAGGGCUUCUGAGCAGUGUAAUCAUUUCUGUCGCGUUAUUAAUUCAGCCACGAAUAAAGUAAUGGUAGUAUAUUACAAUCUGUUAAUAUGCAUGGCACUGAUUACAUAUCGUGUUAUCUAGGCGAACCAUAUCAACCUAAAUUUGGGAUUCUGUUCGCAAAAUCUGCAUUCUAAACCUCAAACUCAACCGUAACCAGCAUUAAGAACUGCAGUUUGAAUUGAGAUAGGAGUAUUGCAUCUGCACUUUCUGCCAAACGCGCAUUUGUUCUUCAGCGUAUGUUGUAACAGGAUGACCGAGUACUUCAGCCCACCGCGUUUGAGUGCGGUGAAGCGUGCCUGCCUGAUGGUCACGUGAUAAAGGCGAGGCUUUUUUUUAAUGUACAUCCCAAGACGGAGAGGGAACGGAUGCGCUGCCGAGAAAGCACACUGGAGAUCCUUUUUGCUCCUGCAUCUCCUGCAUAUUACGCGAGCGAGGUUAUUCACCCGAUGAGUUCACCUGUACCGUUGCUAGGCACACUGCAAGCUUCCCGGGAGUUUUCUGAAACAAGCAACGAUUCAAGACUGAUAUUGCUAUUAAAGAGUCGACAAGACCUUCUCCCUGGCCAGGAGUAUAUGGAAGCAGGAUGGAAGGAUCCCCCGCCUGUCUGAGCAGCUAGAACCCCCACCGUUCCCGCCAUCAGCCUUCUGCACCACCCCCCCCCUCCUGAAGGGCUGCAGAAUGGAUGGAGACAGAAGCAGCCUUCCACCUCCUCUCAAAACUGAGGAAGACUACAUUCCGUACCCCAGUGUACAUGAGGUGUUGGGUCGUAAAAGCCCCUUCCCUCUGAUCCUGCUGCCCCAGUUUGGGGGCUACUGGAUUGAGGGGACCAAUCAUGAGCUAGGGGAAGCCCCCAAUCCUGAGCACAUGCCCUCAACCCCAUCUCGCGUUCAGCUGGAAACCAACACCACUUCCAUGAUCUACAGGAAGAACUUCCUUGGCAAGGAACACUUUAACUUCUACUCCAUGGACAGUGUGCUGGGGCAUCUGGUCUUCUCCGUGCGGUAUGAUGUCAUUGGGGACCAGGAGCACCUCCGGCUGAUCCUGAGGUCGAAGUUGAAAACCUAUCAGGACGUGAUCCCCAUAUCCUGCCUGACGGAAUUCCCCAACGUGGUGCAGAUGGCCAAGCUGGUGUGUGAGGAGGUGAAUGUGGACCGAUUCUACCCUGUCCUGUACCCAAAGGCCUCCAGGCUCAUUGUUACCUUUGACGAGCACGUUAUCAGCAACAACUUCAAGUUUGGGGUCAUCUAUCAGAAGUUUGGGCAGACUACCGAAGAGGAGCUGUUUGGGAACAGUGAGGAGAGCCCCGCCUUUGUGGAGUUCCUGGAGUUCCUGGGACAGAAGAUCCAGUUGCAUGACUUCAAAGGAUUCCGCGGCGGGCUGGACGUGACUCACGGACAGACAGGCACCGAGUCGGUCUACACCCUCUUCCACGACAAGGAGAUUAUGUUCCACGUGUCCACCAAGCUGCCGUACACUGAGGGGGACGCCCAACAGCUGCAGAGGAAACGCCAUAUAGGAAAUGACAUCGUGGCCAUCGUGUUCCAGGAGGAGAACACGCCCUUCGUGCCCGACAUGAUCGCGUCCAACUUCCUGCACGCGUACGUGGUGGUGCAGGUGGAGCAGGGCUGCUCUGGCAGUGCGCUGUAUAAGGUGUCUGUGACUGCGCGCGAUGACGUGCCUUUCUUCAGGCCAGCUCUUCCAGAUCCCGCCAUCUUCAGAAAGGGAGCAGAGUUCCAUGAGUUCUUGCUGACGAAGCUCAUCAAUGCAGAGUGUGCCUGUUACAAAGCAGAGAAAUUCGCCAAACUGGAGGAGCGCACUCGGACUGCCCUGCUGGAGACUCUGUAUGAGGAGCUUCAUCUGCACAGCCAGUCCAUGAUGGGCCUGGGUGACGAGGACAGGCUGGAGAACGGGGCCGGCGGGGGCGGCGGCUUCUUCGAGUCUUUCAAGCGUGUGAUUCGCAGCCGGAGCCAGUCCAUGGACGCUAUGGGCCUCAGUAACAGGAAGCCAAACGUGGUCUCCACCAGCCUCAGUGGCAGCUUUACCCACAAUCCUUCAGAGGCCCACCGAACUCCUGGCAUUUCUGUAAUCAUCCCCGGGAAAAGUCCAACACGGAAGAAAUCUGGAGCCUAUAACUCCCGGAGGAGCAGUGCUAUUGGCAUUGAGAACAUUCAGGAGGUGCAGGAGAGGAGGGAGUGCUCCCCCAGCAUGCAGAAGACUCCAGACAGUGGCCACGUGUCGCAGGACCCUAAGUCUGAGAACUCGUCCAAUCAGAGCUCGCCUGAGAUGCCCACCACAAAGAACAGCACUGUUCUCUGUUGCAGGGCUGCUUCUAUCCCAGAGGCUGCUGACCUCUCCCACUCCUCCAGUGGCAGCAGCUUCGGGAGCGUGGUGGAGGAGAACCUGAACGAGCCUGGGGAGGAGUACGACACUGCACUGGAGAGUCUCUCUUCUAUGGGGACUCCACACAAGCAGGAUGCGUUUAUCUACGGCUCAUGGGCGGCACACAGUGGCAGCAGCAGCCCUGCAGUGACGAGGACCGCACAACCUGAGGCCUGCACCAAGCCGGACCAGCCACUGAACUGCUAGCCCCUCUCACCAGACUGCUUCAUGGAUGCCCAUCAACAGCAUUCCCAUAUGCAUUCCCGACAGCAUUCCCUCUCAGAGAACAGAUGCUCCUGGGUUUUUGGGCACCAUUGAGGAUGAAGAUGAAGAUGAGGAGGAUGAGGGGCAGUUUGUCAGGCAGGAGUGAGCCCUGAGACUAUGGGCCCCCUUGCGACCCUCGCUGUGCCAGUCCGUUUACCUCUGCCCUGCGUCAGGGCGGGGCUUCCUGUGUUCCUCCUCACCACGCCACACUCCUCCUUUCUUCCUGUCAUUUUUGUGUGGUAACCUCUUUCCCCGGGCCCGUCCCGAGCUGCAGGUGUCAGCGUUCUCACAGGAGUCAGGGCACGGCCUUUGGGAGCUGCAGAACGCCACUAUAGAUCCUGCAGCAACGCUGGGCAGUGUUCAGCGAUGUGCAGUGCUCAGUGAUGUGCAGUGUUCAGCGAUGGGCAGUGUUCAGUGAUGUGCAGUGUUCAGUGAUGUGCAGUGUUCAGCGAUGGGCAGUGUUCAGUGAUGUGCAGUGCUCAGCGAUGUGCAGUGUUCAGUGAUGUGCAGUGUUCAGCGAUGGGCAGUGUUCAGUGAUGUGCAGUGCUCAGCGAUGUGCAGUGUUCAGCGAUGGGCAGUGUUCAGUGAUGUGCAGUGUUCAGCGAUGGGCAGUGUUCAGUGAUGUUCAGUGAUGUGCAGUGCUCAGCGAUGUGCAGUGUUCAGCGAUGUGCAGUGUUCAGUGGGAUCUGAGCAAGGGAGACAAGCUGAGGGAACAACAAAACCCAAACGCAGCACAUAACAGAACCCAGCACAUUACCGUACCCAAACCCAGCACAUUACAGAACCUAAACCCAGCACAUUACAGAACCCAAACCCAGCAC